UUAGGCCCAUGUUAUGCAUUGUGAAAUAGAGAAACGAAAACGAAAUACAGUCUCUCUCUACUCUAGGGUUUUACUUGUGCCUCCGUCACUGCUCGGAUCUCUUCAACAAUGGCGGAACAGACUGAGAAGGCGUUUUUAAAGCAACCCAAGGUCUUUUUAUGUUCCAAGAAAAGUGGAAAGGGGAAGAGGCCUGGGAAAGGUGGAAACAGAUUCUGGAAGAAUAUUGGUCUUGGCUUCAAGACUCCAAGAGAAGCUAUUGAAGGAACUUACAUCGACAAGAAGUGCCCUUUCACUGGUGAUGUCUCCAUUAGAGGACGUAUUCUUGCUGGUACAUGCCACAGUGCGAAAAUGGUUAGGACCAUUAUUGUUCGUCGGGACUACCUCCAUUAUGUGAAGAAGUAUCAGCGUUAUGAGAAACGCCAUUCAAACAUCCCAGCACACAUUUCGCCAUGUUUCCGAGUGAAAGAAGGUGACCAUGUCACCGUUGGACAGUGCAGACCAUUAUCCAAGACAGUGAGGUUCAACGUGUUGAAGGUGAUUCCAGCUGGAUCUUCUAGCGGUGGGAAGAAAGCGUUUACAGGCAUAUGACAAGCUUGAUCCCUCUUCUUUAGCUUCUUGUUAGGCUUUGCAAAAGCAAUUUAAUUUGAUUUGCUAUGAUUUUGAAGUAUGUAAUGUGAUUGUGAACCUUAUUUAAUGUUUCUAUAAACAAAAUAUUUUUUUCAACC